AUGGAAUUAAUUGAAGAUUUUCAUUUAGUUCAAAAUGUUGUUAAGAAAAAUUCUUUUGGUGAAGAAAAUUUCCAAAAUGCACUCUAUCAUUGUUUCUCUUAUUCAGGUAAUGAAAUUGAUUGUACAGUAUUUGUGAAUCUCUAUGCUAAAUUUGGUAUAAUCACUAUGAAACUUGUUUAUAUGUUAGAAUCAUCGAAAACUUCUUAUGAUGAUCAUAUGUGGAACUAUUUGGAUAAUAUUAAACAAAUAUCAGAUCAAGAUGUUAUUAAUCAAUUAUUCCAAAUUUUAGAUUCUAUGUUAAUUAAUGUAGAAAAAUUUACUCGUUUUUCAUUUAUACUACGAUUAGUUGUUCAACUCGCACAAGUUCAUGUUGUAUCUCUAUUUGAAGUACAUCAACAUAUUUCAAAUGUUAUUGAAAACUUAUCAUCUGCUCAUAAUUAUAUAGAUCAACUUGAUAAAAAGCAUAUUUUUCAAUAUUUACUUAGUCUUAGUUAAUUAGAAAUAUUCAAUCGAAAAUUAAGUGAUCAAACUCAAACUGGACAAACUUAUGAUAUAUCUCAAGAACGACGUCCAAGUUUUGCUUUUCUUAUUAUCAAUUCUUUCUUUUCUUUUCAGUUUCAUAUGUACGAUGAAAAACAAUUGCAUGUAGCAAUUGAAACGGAUACUGCAGCUAGAACGCAUCUUGAUGAAAUUCGAACUAAAGCUGCAAAUCAAUUGAAAAAAACAAUGUCGAAUGAAGAUAAUGUAUCUGCUGUUGAAUCACUUAUUGUUAAUGAUAAAAAUAAAAUUAUUGAAUUGAAUAAAAAACUUGAUCGAGAAAUAAUUUCUUUUGGUUAUUUAAAAGAAUCGAUUGAAAUAAUUGCGUAUACAUACCAUAUGUGA